AUGAUGGAGAGAAUAAGAAAAGAGAUGAUUCUGAUGGAGAGAGGGCUACACAGCCCCACUGCCGGCAAGAGGUUCUCCAGCUUGUCCGAUCCGGCCGGCGGGGCUGUGCUGGAGGCCCUGGAAAAUUCGCAGCACCCGGCUCGCCUCAGUCCGCGCCUGCCGUCCGCCCCGCUGCACGGCGCGCUGGGAGACCUCCCCGCCAAGGGCAAAUUCGAAAUCGACUCUCUGUUCAACCUGCAGCACCCGAGCAGCGAGACCACCGUCUCCUCCGAAAUCGCCUCGGCCACCGAGGGCCGCAAGAAGCCGGCUCACUACCCGGAGGCGGCCGCCGAGGCCGACAUGAGCGGCGACGUGGAGGUGGGCUGCUCGGGGCUGCGCUCCCCCGGCGGCCUGGGCCCCGCGCCGCUCAAGGAAAACAACGCCAAAGGGUACCCGGAGAGCGGCUCGGUCCCGGGCGCCACCACGCCGGCCUCGGGCUCCGGCCUCGGCAGCCUGCACGGAGGCGGCGGGGCCGGCGGGGGCGCGGCGCUGGGCGGCUCCGGCUCGGGCUCCGGCGCCGAUCAGGUGCGGCGCUACCGGACGGCCUUCACCCGCGAGCAGAUCGCGCGCCUGGAGAAGGAGUUCUACCGGGAGAACUACGUGUCCCGGCCCCGCCGCUGCGAGCUGGCCGCCGCGCUCAACCUGCCCGAGACCACCAUCAAGGUGUGGUUCCAGAACCGGCGCAUGAAGGACAAGCGGCAGCGGCUGGCCAUGUCGUGGCCGCACCCGGCCGACCCCAGCUUCUACACCUACAUGAUGACGCACGCGGCGGCGGCCGGCGGCCUCCCGUACCCCUUCCACUCGCACGUGCCGCUGCACUACUACCCGCACGUGGGCGUCACGGCGGCGGCGGCGGCGGCGGCGGCGUCGGGGGCGGCGGCGGCGGCCUCGUCGCCCUUCGCCACGUCCAUCCGGCCCCUGGACACCUUCCGGGCGCUGUCGCACCCCUACUCGCGGCCCGAGCUGCUGUGCAGCUUCCGCCACCCCGGCCUGUACCAGGCGCCGGCGGCGGCCGCGGGGCUCAACAGCGCGGCGUCGGCGGCGGCGGCUGCGGCGGCGGCGGCGGCGGGAGGAGGAGGAGGAGGAGGCGGCGGCGGCGGCGGCGGGGGAGCCGGGGCGGCGGGCGGCUCGGACUUCGGCUGCGGCGCCGCGGCGCCGCGCUCCGAGAGCGGCUUCCUGCCCUACUCGGCCGCCGUGCUCAGCAAGACCGCCGUGCUCAGCCCGCCCGACCAGAGGGACGAGGCGCCGCUCACCAGAUAA